AUGCCAAUACCACCACAAAUCCCAAUCAUCAUCGGCGUCGGCGACGUCAUAAAUCGUUCCCUAGACGUAGAAGAUGCAAUUGAACCAUUAGAACUCAUGUUACAAUCUCUCGAGAAAUCAUUUUCGGAUACCGGGCUAUGCCAAUCUCGUGAUCGGGAGAAAUUGGGAAUGUUGAAAGAAAGUGUGGAUGAUGUGAGAGUGGUGAGGAAUUGGACGUGGCCGUAUGUGGAUGUGUGUCAGAGUGUGUUGGAUGGGAUUUUGGGUGAGGGGAAGGGAGGGGACGAUAACUUGGGAGAGGGAAAGGGAGUGUAUAAAGAGGAAUCGGAACAUGGGGGGAAUUCGCCGGUAAAAAUGUUGGAUGAAGCGUGUCAGAGGGUGGGGAGGGGAGAAUCGAAGGUAGCGGUUGUGGUUGGGGGAGAGGCGUUGGAAAGUUUGAUUUCAUCCGCAUCAAAGACCGGUAUAUAUCCUUCUCACUGGACACCGCCAGCCGGCGACCCAAGGAAGAUUUUGGCUUUGCCGAAAGGAGUUGAGACACUAGGAACAAUCCAUCAAAUUGGACUCCCGAUACACAUUUACCCGCUGUACGAAAAUGCCUUUCGAGCCCAUCGUCACCAAUCUCAAGUAGACAAUAAUGCCGAAUCCGCAAAAUUAUAUGCCCAAUUUGCUGCUGUUGCGGCUGGCAAUGAAUAUGCGUGGAAUAGGGAGUCUGCGGGAAAGUUAAGCGAAGAGAGUAUUGGAAAGAUAGGGAAGGGGAAUAGAAUGAUUUGUUGGCCUUAUCCUCUCCUAAUGAAUGCAUUCAACAACGUCAAUAUGGCCGCAAGUUGCAUCAUUACUUCUGUUUCAUUUGCUACCGAGCUGGGUAUUACAGAAGAUAAAUGGAUAUAUCCAUUAGGAGGUGCUGGGAUGCGCGAGAAGGAUAACUUUUGGGAAAGACCAAAUUUUCAUUCUAGUGAAGCUUUAGAAACAUCACUUGACUCGGCACUGGAUGUUUCAGGCUUGGAGACGAAGGAUAUAGAUAUUUUUGAUUUUUAUUCAUGCUUUCCAAUCGUCCCAAAAUUGGCAGCUCAUCACUUGAAGAUUCCUUUUUUGGACCCUCCAAGACCAAUCACUUUGUUGGGAGGCUUGACAUCUUUUGGUGGUGCCGGAAAUAAUUAUAGUCUACAUGCAAUUACAGAAAUGACGCGACAGCUUCGUAACAGAAGAGAUCAAGUCUCCAAUCGUAAAAAUGCUGUAGUCUCAAAUGGUCUCAUUUUGGCAAAUGGAGGAGUGUUGACAUAUCAGCACGUUGUAUGUCUAUCCACACAACCAAGAAAUGACGGGAAGGAAUAUCAGGAUGGAAAUCCCUGCCCAAAUAUGGUACAAAGUGUUACUAGUAAUGAUGAAAAUGGAUUGGAGGUUGUUGGUCUGGAGGGAGUCAAGAAAGGACCAUUGGAAGGCACGAUUGAGACAUAUACAGUACAUUUUUCGAGGAAGAACGACCCCCAACUUGGAUUUGUAAUCGGGAGAUUGAAGCAGACAGGAAGGAGAUCCUUAGCAAAUGUUGCAGAUAACAAGACAUUGAGGAGUUUGGUGAAGGAAAGGGAAGAGGAGAUCAUUGGGAAGAAGGGAUGGAUAUGGAAGGAAGAGGAUGGAAAGAGAAACUUGUUUGGAUUUGAGAGGGUUGCUAAUCUGUGAUUGACGAGAUUGAGAAGAUAGACCGUUGUGAACAAUACAUCAAGAGGAAACGUGUUCUGAGUAAAGGAGGGGAUUAGAUUGUAAUUGUGAUAUGAAGAGGUUGAACAAUCCAGGAAGAUGAGUCGUGGAGAUCCAUAAAUUGAGAUACGGGUGUGAAAGUGAUUAGAAGUUUCAUAACGACAACCCUCCGGCUUCUCAAAGUGGAAACAACUUGACGACUGAAGAAGAUGAAUUUCGAACAGUCGGAAUGUUCUCAGGAUAGCAAUGAUAAACAUCUGUACACUCCGUAAUCAAGAGAAUCUCGAUGAUCCUCGCGGAUAUUGCAUCAUAUGCCAAGCACUGAUUGAGAUUGAGGAUACGAUAGUCACUGGCGACGUAUUUCCUUGAAGCUAUCGUGAAGUCAUUUGGACUUGGAGACCCGAAUGUGGCGCCAGACUAGCUUUGUACUCAUAAAUUAAGGAGGAUUUUUGAC